GGUUCACGAGUCUAAAGGUGUGAGCAGUGAUUACCUGAAGCUGGAGUGUCUGGUGCAGAAGGUGGUGUCUCCGUAUCUGGGGACUCACGGCCUGUUCUCCGGCGACGGCUCGGUGGCGCAGAGCUCGUGUGUUCUGGAGAAGCGGCUCCUGCGCCGAUGGCCGCGCUCCAGCGACUCGCCCGCUAAGAACCCCGUGGUGCGCUCCAAGAGCUACAACAUGCCCAUGCUGACGCCGGUGGCCGAGUACGACCCCGAGAGCAGCGCCGGGGCCAGACGCCACUCCGUGUGUCAGAUGACCUCCUGCGCAGAAGAGCCAGACGUCUGCGAGGAUCCGUCUCCUCCCAUCGUGGACCAGAUCCUGGAGUCUCUGGACUCAGACACCGAGGGAAUAUUCAUCGACUUCCGCCGGCAGCGUUCCAGCUCGUCUGACUUCAGCCGGGAGAGCGAGAGCGCGGCGUGACCUUUGACCUG